CCACCGGUGACAUUUCUGUCUGUCGGCCGUGUUUGUGUUUAUUCAUCAGAUCAUCAAUAUCGUCUUCAUUAUGACGACUCCUGUGCCUGUGCUUCUUUCGAUUUUCCUUCUUUUCUUCUUUUCUUUUGGUAUCAGAGAUGUGAAGGCCCAAUACGAAGACGUCAGGUGCAAAUGUAUCUGUCCUGAUACCGCCGUAGUUAAUGGCACUCAAUCACAUAGAAAAUUAUACAUUGAAAAUGUACCUCCCAAUAAGUGUGAUUGUACCAAUGUUGUGCUCCCACGCGUAGGUGAUGACAUUAAAGGCAAGGAAAAAGAAUUCUGUCCACGGUGUGAGUGCAAGUAUGAAAGUAGGAACACAACUACAAUCAAGGUUGUUGUUAUUAUUGUCAUCUGGAUAAUUUCUCUACUUGUCAUAUACAUGCUUUUCUUGGUUUGUCUGGAUCCACUUCUUAAUAAGAAAACAACAACACAGUACCAAGAACACAACAAUGAAGAGGAUGAAAGUGAAACUCAUUCCCAACCAUUGAGAGCUAGUGGGGCCGGAGUGCUCAACCGUGUGGGUCAGACCACAGAUAAAUGGAAGAAAACUGUUCAAGAACAACGCCGACAUAUUUACGAUCGGCACACUAUCCUAAACUAAUUUUAAUAUCCAAAUUCCAAUUUCAUAAUAUGUAGAUGUCUUGUUUGUUAUUUGUGCUUAUCCGUAUUUCGUCCGAGGAAAAUAAACUUUCGCCAAGUCCUUGAA